AAUAAAUUAUGUCUGGGUACGACAUUAAUCGAUUCUAGCCUCAACCUCAACAACAUCUGAUGUGUUUGAUUUGCAAUAAAGUAGUAAAAGAACCAUUAGAAUGCAAUUUUUGUGGUUAAAUGUACUGCAGUGAUUGUGUGGCAGCUAAGCCUCCAUGCAAAAGCUCAGAUUGUGGAUAUCCACCAAAUUCUUCAGAUAAUACACCACAGUAUGUUAAAAUUUAAGGAGCAAUGCUUAAGGUUUAUAAGAACUUGUAAUUAUACUGCUCAAAUCCUGAGUGCAAAAAAUUGUGUUCUAUUAUAGAUAUCGAAUAACAUCAAAAUCAAUGUAUUAAAGUUAAAUGUUUAAAUCAUGAAAAUUGUAAAGAGUUUUUAUCUGCUGAAGAGAAAUAGUAAUGUUAUUAAUCAUUUUUUAGGUAAACAUCAUACUGUAGCAUGUUGUGUGAGUUGACAGUACAAUUAUUUGAAAAUGUAGCAGAUCCUAAAAAAUAAUACGAUAUUAUUAAGAAGCUUCAACAGAAGUUAACAGGAUCUGGAUAAGUAUCAGGCUUUCUAUCCUAAAAUAAAUAACCUGCAAUACAACCAGUCAUCAAUGUUGAUGGAAGUCCAAAUUUUAGAUGGGAUAAAAACAAAUGUGGCACAGGCAUUUAAUUGUCAAAUGGUGAUACUAGCGUCUUUCUUAAAGAAAGCUCAUACAUUUUCAGAACAGUUUUAGGAGAUCAAGUAUUUAUACAAUUUUUAAUGUUUUUAGGGAUUUGAAACGGGAGUUCAUUAUUGGGAAAUUGAAGCAGAUUCUAAAACAGAAAAUGAAUUAAAAAUUGGAGUUUGUUAAGGAAAUGCCAUUAAUUUGAAUGCUGCUUUCUGUGACUUAAAUCAAGGCUUCGCUUAUUAUGGAUUAGCAUAAUUAAGAAAUGGAAGCAAUGCAUCAGGCUAAACUUAUGGUAAAAGAUUCAAAAAAGAAGGAAUUCUUGGAGUUUGCUUAAACAUGCUUAAUGGUACUCUUAACUAUGAUUAAUUUAGGUACACUCUCCUUUGCAUUAAAUGGCGAAUAUAUGGGCAUAGCUUUUAGAUCAGAUUUACUUAAAAAAGGGCCAAUCUAUGCAGCUGUUGCAUUAUUGCAUUGUGCUGGAUGCACUCUUAGAACUGGAAAACAAAAACCUCAAUAUAUGGAAUGAAGUCUAUUUAACUAAAUUUUAAUAAGUCAUCUUUAAUAGAAU